AUGCUACAUUCAAAUAUCUUUCGCUCCCUGCUGGGAUGUUCCCUUUUUCUCGUCAACUUCGUGACCGGGUUCGUUCUCGCGAAGUACUCUACAAUGCGCCAGCCCCGCCCAGUACACAAAGUUGCAUUCGUGUUGCUUCUCAUGUUUUCGCUGUGCUCUCUUUACACAGCUUCUACUUUACAUUUCUUCGUAGGACUACUCUCCACAUAUGCUGGGGCUCGACUACUCGUUCCUGGCCUCACCGGAGGCUUGGCAACCGGGAAGUCUACAGUAGCAUCGUAUCUAAAACGUAACGGAUGGACCGUAAUUGACGCGGAUGCAAUAGCAAAAGGUGUCCUAAAGCGCGGUACACCAGCUUUUCGCCAAGUGGUGAACGUCUUCGGCGAUGUCAUUAUCGAUCCAUCAAGCGGAGAUAUUGAUAGGGUUCGCCUUCGAGAAGUUGUAUUCCACGACACUAGCAAGCGACGGCUACUUAAUAGGAUUACACAUCCAUGGAUUCUUGUAACUAUUCUGUGGGAAGUUGUCAAGUUUAGAUUGUGUCUGUGGCGUCAACACGUUGUGCUUGACAUCCCCUUACUAUUUGAAACGCAUUUAAAUCUCCUUUGCGGCCCAGUGACAGUGGUGGCGGCUACAGAGGAGGUGCAGUUAAGGCGACUGGUUGCUCGAGAUACGUCUUCACCCAAGCAUACACUGCAGUCAAUGAUCAGGUGCCAACUUCCUCUGAAAGAAAAAGUGUCACUGGCGGAUAUUGUACUUGAUAACAAUUCCACUCUGGAUAAGCUUUUUCAUCAAACCAAACAAUAUUUCCGAUGCUAA